AUUGAAAGUGAAACCAAAUAAUUUCAAUCAUCAAUCUAUGAGCUUAGAUUAUGAAGCAAAAAUGCAAAAUCGUCCAAAAUCUAAAUGAUUUUACAGAAAGCUAAAUCAAAAUGAAAGCAACUCACUGGGAAAUUAUUCAGAAAAACUGGACAACUUUAUUGAAUGAUGUUCAGGCUGAAGACAUUUCAAACAUUCUGUUUGAGAAUAAAGUUUUUUCUCAUGAGGACAAUGAGAAUAUUACCAAAGGAAAAACCACUUGCAAAAAAAUGGAGAAACUUUUGCAAAUUUUGAGAAACAAGCCAGCACCUGUGAAUGCUUUUGAAAAAUUUUUAGAAGCUCUUAAAAAAGAUGAUUGCUACAGUCAUAUUGUUGAGGCUUUGGAAAAGACUCCAGUAACAUCCAACUCUCAAUUCGUAACUAAAGGAGAUCCAACAGAAUUAGAAGAGCCUGUGCGUAAAGUUCUUUUACGACACUAUGUAAACCAGCCUGGAAAAACUAAAUUGAUAGACAUCAUUGAAACACUUCAACAAAAUGUAAAAUGUCAUGGUGGAUAUAACUGGAAAAAAGAAAAGUUGUCUGAUUUUAUUGGCCAAGUCUUUGCAACAGUAACUGUCAUACCAGAGCUUGUGCCAUCAUGUAAAAAAAAAGUGUUAUUUGUCAAAGAUUUGAUUACAGUGGAACAAUUUAAUAAGACUGUUGAUGUGAAAAAAGAUACCGCAAAUGUACAGAUAGAACAAAAGCCUAAUACAUUAAAAGAUGUAACAGAAAAAGAGACAAUAUCAACUCUAGAAUCUGCAGAUUCUUUGAAAAUCUCAAAAUAUGACCCAGAAGAAUUAAAAAAUUUUUUGAGAAGCUAUUUUGAAAAAAAACGCAUUAAGUCAGAUAUACCAACUGUCUUUGAGGAGCAACAGAUAACAGGAGAAAUAUUUAUUUCUUUGACUGACAGUAACAUCAAGGAAAUCUGUCCAUCAGCAUCUUAUGGAGCUUUGUCAAUCUUAAGAAAUCUGAUUUCAACACUUAAUUCAGAAGAUCCAACUCAUCAAUUAUCGCUGGAUCAAAAUAUUAAUCUAAACAGUGUACCUGAAAAACACAGGGACUUCAAUACCGAUGUACAUGACAAUUUUAACUACAUACAGGGACGGAUAAUUGAUAUCAAGAAAUCUCAAGUAAAAAGAAAAUUGUUGCCACUUCCCUAUUUUUGUUUACUGGAAGAGGCUGAUUUUCAGGAAUCUGAAGAGUCAGCUUUACAAAUGUUGUCUUCUAAAGUCAUACAGUUCACUUCAGCUUGUCUCAACAAUAGUCAGGAUGGUACUGUUUACUUUGGAAUAGAUCCUGAAACUGGUUUUAUUAAAGGCCUUCCUGUUCAAAAAGAGGAGGUCAUUAAUAGUUUGAGCUAUUAUAUUGACAGAGCUUUUCCAGAAGUAAAUUUAAAACAUCUUGUUAAUGCUACCACGAGACCACCUGCUUUUAUACCAGUGUUUGAUUCAAGCUUCAAUAGCACUGGAAAGUUUGUUAUAGAGGUAGAUGUAGUGGCAACAAGUGGAUGUGUUCAAAACACUAAAGUAAGAACUAAGUUAAAAAAUCUUUCAUACCUGCCUGCGUCAGCUAAGAAGAGUAGAAAAUGUGGUUAUUUUACGUUUGAUGAGCAUGGAGAUCCAACAUUGGUUUACCAUGAUAAGCUUGAUGAGUUUUUCACUCAAGUUGAAAUAGCAGCAAAAUUAAGAAAAGCUGAGGAAGAAACUGUGCAAUUAAAUCGGCCAGAAAAUCGAAGACAAAAGCUGCUCAACCUUCUAACAGGUGGCAGAGAGAAACUUGAUGAUGUCAUUUACCCAUUUAUAUUGCUGAGUACUGUGGAUGCUAAAAUGGACAAAAACUAUAUUUUAAAAAACAUGAUGUUCAUUAAACACUUAGACACUGAUGUCAUAUUUGAUUUUGACUCAACUGGCUCUUCAAAAGGAAUUUAUCAUUGUUAUAAUACCCUUCUUGGGGAACUAAUGACAGUUCUUACAUUGGAUAACUUUUCCAAUCCGGAAAAUAGUAAAUUUAUUGACAACAUAGAUACUGAUAAAAUUCCUUGGGUUUUUUGUAAUGGCUAUGAACCUUCUUCUAUUAAGCCUCUAAGUCCAACAGAAUGGAACAAACAGAUUCGAGCAGCUUUUCAGAAAGCAUUAAAACACUUUGAAAAAAAUCGAAGUGCAGACCGUAUAUUGAUUAUAAUAUGUCUCUUUUCUAAAGAUUAUGAAACAAUGCUGGAAGGUUGUGAAGAAGUCCUAACGUCAUUUCCCAACCAAUGGGUAGUUUAUGCUGAAACAGAACAUAUUGCCAAAAUGUGGAAAAAGGAAAUGAUUCAAAGAAAAAAAGUGGAUGAGAAAGAUGCAUCAGACAGGUUUGUAGUUGGCAUGACAUGGGAACAGAUCAAUGAUACCAUUGAACAGGUCACAACUCAUGCUGAUGCGCAUGGUUGUAUACUUCCUCAGGCUGUUGGAUCCUUUACCAAACCUAUUCCAGAAAAAAAAUUGAAAAGUUGGUGUGACAUUGAACUUCUGUCCUCAUCUGACCCAGAAGUUAGUGAAGAUAUAAGUAAAAAAGUCUUGGAAAAAUUUUAUAAAGGUGAGUCCGUCGAUUGGCUGAACUUUUGGUUUGAAGGUCAAGUAUUACAAAGGUCACAUCAUAUAAAACUGUCAAAUCUAGUCAAAGAAGCAUUGACUGAAGAAGCAGAAAGCAAAGUGUCUACAGUUAUAAUCUUUCACCAUCCUGGUUCAGGAGCAACAACUUCUGCUAAAUUUGUUCUUUGGGAAUUGCGUAAGCAGUACCGUUGUUGUGUGACAAGAAGAAUAACAGAAGAUACCAUUCAACAGUUGAUAGAAAUAAGGAAUUUUAAUGAACCAAGCUCAUCCCCAAAGCCUGUUUUAAUUUUAGUUGAUAAUGAAGAUGAAGACAAAUACAGACAACUAAAACAAAAUUUGGAACUUAAGUGUAAACAUUUAAAUAGAGAGAACUCAGACAUCAGUAAAGUAUUUUUCACAAUGCUGUUUUGUAUAAGGAAAGCUUCUCUACCUCAGCAAAUAUUGGACCAUCAGAUGUUGUUAGAACAAAAAUUAACUAAACAAGAACAAAAAAUCUUUGGUAAGAAACACAAACAACUAACUUCAGAAUAUGAGAAAAACAAAGAAAACAUUGACCCAAAAUAUUUGAUCUCAUUUAACAUACUCAAAAAUGAUUUUAGGCCAGAGUAUAUUCAUAAAUCUGUUAAAGACUUUAUUAAAGGUGUCAAGGAUGAAAAAGAAAGAACUUUACUGUCUUAUAUAGCACUUCUUAAUAAAUUUGAUCCACAAUUUAGAUCUAUCCCUGUUUCUUGUUUUGAUGCAGUUUUUAGGAAUAGAUUUGAAAUCAACAUAAAGGCACCAGAAACAUUAAAAAGAGGUACUAAUUGGGAGGCUAAUUUGAGUCAAGCAGUUCAGGUGUUAUUGUCUAUAUCACCACAAAAAAAAACUGGGGCAAGUGAUGCAAGGAUAUCACUUCGAGUGCUUCACAGGCUUGUAGCUGACAGUCUGCUUGAUAACUUGAUCACAGAUAAAAAUAGCCUAAGUGACAUAAUGCUGAGUCUUAUCAAUAGCAUAAUAUUUGACCAUGACACAGAAGAUUUUAUGCAUCUUGAAAAUAUUGUUCGGGACAUCAUGAAAAGAAGGGAAUUCAAUCAAAAUGAUGGAAAGAAAGAAAUGUUUUCACCAUUCAUUACUCAAGUUAACAAAGACAGUGGUGAUGAAGUGUCCAUUAAGCUUUUAUGUGACUUUUUUGAAAGAAACCUUGACCCUUUUAUAGCUCAACAAAUUGCAAGGUUUUAUUAUUAUCUGAAAAACUGGGACAAAGCAGAAUCAUAUGCUCAAAAAGCAACAGAAUUAAAGCCAAAAUGUGCAUUUCUUUGGGAUACUUUUGGACAAGUAUACAAAGCACAACUUAUGGAUGAAACUGAAAAAACUAAAAGAACAAUGGAUAUAAAUAAAAGACAUGAAAAUAACUUUGUUAAAAGACUUAUUAUUUUAGCAAAAAAAGCUAUUUUUUAUUUUAAAAAAGUACAAGAAUUAACAGAAGAAAAUCCUUUUGACAUAAAUGAAAAUAAUGUAGCUGGGUAUUUUGGAGAAUUAAAAACACAAAUUAUGUUCCUUCGUUUAUUAGAGAGGUGUCAGUGUUUCAAAAAUCGCAACCAUUUGAUGAAAUGUUUAGCAAACAAAGAUUUCAGUGAAAAUUGUUUCAGAUUUCUAAAUUCAGAUGAAAAGGCUUUUCUUAGUGAGCUGGAAGACAACUGCAUGAAUACCCUUCGAGUGUUAGAUGAACAAUACUUGCAAGUUCGAGAGGAUGCUCAGUUUGAUGUUGCUGUUUAUUCUGGAACAUUUGGCAGAGAGCUGCAAACUUUAGUUUCAUUAAUGUUUAAAUUUCAUGAUUAUUUUGGUGCCCCUAAAGAUUUCUCAUAUAUAAAAAAGUUGCCUGAACCUAAAGCCAGUUUGCACAGAUGGAGAAUAGCUUUAAAACACGGAGCCAUGUCACUUAAUCUUCUUCUUCGCUUCCGUGCAGAGGCCAUAGAGAAUGAUGUCGAUAGUGACACUCAAUUAGGCAAAAAUUUGAAAACCAUUUACAACAUAAUGUUACCUAAUCUAGCCUCUGAAUGCUGUGAGUUUGAUUAUCUUUUGGCAAUGCUUAAUGCAGUCACAUUAAUAGUUGUGCAGGGGCUUACGACAAGUAUUUGUGAAAACCUUUCCUAUUCCCAAGUCUUAGAUUGGACAAAAAAAUUAUUGGAAUGCAAACAGCCUAAUGAAAAAAGGCCUUAUGUAGAGCCAUACAUGUACUUUGUUAUGUUUCAUUUUCCCUCAGAAAAGAGGAAUGCUUUUUUAACAUGCACUUUAAAGAAAUUAGAAGAAACAUGUGAAAAGUGGCGAAAAGCUUAUGCUGAAAAGUUCAGAGAUGCAGAAGCUAAGACAUUAUUUUAUCUAGCAAAAAAUAAUCUUCUUAUGGACCUUGUCCAUUCUGAUACAUUUCCUAUGGAUGGACGAGAUAACUGGGACCACCCAGAAAUGAGAAAAUAUCUGGUUUUAUAUUCUGGAACUGUUGAAAUUGGAGGUAAAAAAGUGAGUGUAAAAAUCACUAAGGAUAACAAUACACUAUAUUUAACUAUCCCCACAUCAUAUACUGUGAAAAAAAGUCUUUGGCAGAAAGAAACCUACUUUUUCAUUGGUUUCAGUUUCUCUGGCCCCAAAGCAUAUGGUAUUCCUCAGGAACCUCCUGAUGAUGUUGUGCAAGAUGUUCCAAUGUCUGGAAAAUAUCUCAUGAAAGAGAAAAGUUCAAGUUUCAGAGCUUUAAAUUAUGACCAUCAAAGAAACUUUCCACAACUUAGUGGUGUGAGUAAGAUAAUUAACCUCAAAAGAAAAUUGGACACUAAUCAGGAACUAAAUGAUGAUGAGUUGCAAGAUGCUUGGGAAGAUCAUGUUACUGAUGCCUUAAUGGACUGGCAUGAUUGACUCAUACUUAGAAAAAUUAGUCACAAGGUGUUACAGAAAAU